AUGAGCUCUGUCAAGCCGUUCAAGAUCGCCGUUCCUGAUUCACAGCUUGAAAUACUGCACAAGAAGCUUGAAGUUACCACCUUUCCGGAUGAACUAGAUGAGUCCAAAUGGGACUUAGGUGCACCGCUGGAUGAUAUAAAGCGCCUAACAAAGUACUGGAAGGAGAAGUUCGACUGGCGUGAAAAAGAGAGAUGGCUUAAUGAGCAGAUGUCUCACUUUACGACCGAUGUUGAAGUAGCAGGAUUCGACAAGCUAAAUAUACAUUUCGUUCACCACAGAAGCGAUGUAGCUGGUGCAAUUCCUGUACUAUUUCUCCAUGGCUGGCCAGGGAGUUUCCUUGAAGUCUCAAAGCUGUUGCCUCUGUUGACAGCUGGAAGUGAGAGUCACCCUGCCUUCCACGUAGUGGCACCAUCUCUCCCCAACUUUGGUUUCUCAGAGGGAGUUAAGAAGAAUUUCUCUCUAACGGUCAAGCAGAGAGGUUUCGGCCUUGCACAAUACGCGGAAGCAAUGAAUGCGGUAAUGAUGACAUUGGGGUAUGAGGAAUAUGGUAGGAUACCCCCAUUAAUAAGUUUAUUGCCCCAAGAGUACAAGCUUAUAUUCUUCUCUGCCAUAAUAGUGGUGCAAGGAGGAGACUGGGGCGGUGUUAUCUCGCGUAUCAUGGCGAAGCGUUAUCCUUCACAUGUGAGAGCAGUGCAUGUCAACUUUGUUAUCCUUCCACUCCCGUAUCCAUGGAAAAGCCCGAUACUCUUUUUUAAAUCCCUUCUUACAAUUCCUUUCUCGCGCAAGGACCAGGCCAAACUCGCUGUAUCCCAGAACUACGCCACGCAGGGCAACGGGUAUAUGGCUCAACAAGGCUCUCGUCCUCAAACACUCGGGUAUAGUCUCCAUGACAGUCCAGUAGGCCUGUUAGCUUGGAUAUACGAGAAAUUACAUGCCUGGACAGACUCUUAUGCCUGGACGGAAGAUGAAGUCUUAACAUGGGUUUCAAUAUACCUCUUCUCUCGUGCAGGGCCUGCAGCAUCAACUCGAAUCUACUACGAAUUCAACAAUGCUCCUCCCGGGCCCGGAAACUUUUCUAGUCAAGAGGUAGCCAGCUGCUAUUCUCCCGACGUGAAAUUCGCUAUUGCACAUUUCCCUCGUGAGAUUCUUGCAUUUCCUAUGCUAUGGUGUCGUUCUAUUGGGGAUGUAGUGAGAGAGUCCGAAUUUGAUAAAGGUGGCCAUUUUGCUGCCUGGGAGGUUCCGGAUAUUUUGGCAGCGGAUAUCCAGGGGUUCCUUGGGAAAGAAGGUCAGGCCUACGGUAUAGUUUCUGGAGCAGAUGGAUAUUAA